AUGGCAUCACCAACACUCAUUACUCCAACUUCCACACCCAAAUCACUACCACCCAUCAAAACCAAACCCACCACCAUCUCAGCCACCUUAUCACCACCCACCACCUCCACCACCGUACACCACCGCCGCCGUGAGUUUAUCUCCACCACAGCCUCCAUCCUCACCACCACAUUUCUCGUUCACGUCACCCCUGCAUUCGCUGCUUCAGAUGAAGAGUACGUGAAGGAAACAGAGGAGGUUAUAAGCAAGCUGAGAACAACCAUAACAAUGGAUAAGAAUGACCCUAAUGUGGCUAAUGCAGUUGCUGAACUAAGAGAGAAUUCAAACUCAUGGGUUGCUAAGUAUAGAAGGGAAAAAGCACUUCUUGCAAGAACUUCUUUUAGGGAUAUGUACUCUGCACUCAAUGCUGUUUCAGGGCAUUACAUUAGUUUUGGACCUACUGCUCCUAUUCCUGCAAAACGAAGGGCGAGGAUUUUAGAAGAAGUUGAAGUUGCUGAGAAAUCGCUUAAAAGGGGAAGAUAA